AUGGCGCCGCUCGAGGUCAUCAUAAUCGGUGGCGGGCUCGCCGGCGCGUGCCUGGCAAAUGGCCUAAUCAACAACUCCGACGGCGCCAUAGAUGUGACAAUCUUCGAGAGCGACAAGCAAGGUUCCGAGCGAGGUGGCUACCAGAUUCGGCUUGGAGCGCAUGCGCUGACCGGGUUCAAAGCCUGCCUGACUGCGAAACAGUACGCCGAUUUGCUUCCCUGUUUUGGCAAGUCAGGCGGCGUGGUGGCAUCAGCGCCCUGCAUCUUCACCCCCUCCGACCUGAAGGUCCUGGUGGACCUGAGGAAGGCGCCAAUAUACGAGAAGAGCGCCCCCAUUGCACGAACCCGACUUCGCGAAUUCCUCCAGGGCCCGCUCCGUGAGCGAAAGGUGAUACGAUACGGCAAGAAAUAUGUCGGGUACGAGGUCCUGGGAGGGAACGCAGGUGGGCAGAGCAAGAUCAGAAUUUAUUUCGACGACGGAUCUCAGGAGGAGUGCGACGUGCUUAUUUCUGCAGAGGGAAGCGGGAGCCGGACAAACAGGCAAAUUGGCUUGAACAACAUCGUCACAGAGGCCAAACCGGGCCGUGGUGGUUUCAUAGGGAAAUGCCACUUACCAUGGCCUGUUCUCCAGGGCUUACCAAAGCAGCUUUUGGAGAAGGGCACCAUUUACACGGGGAACUCGAAGGCCAUGGUAUUUGCCGCCGCGUAUCUACCCGAUAACGUGUCUACUCAAAACCGAGCUUCACAUACAAAUGACUCGGACUUGAAGCCCAAAAAUUACGACGAGGAGCAGGCAUCGCUGUUUCUCGGGUUAUCAUGGACGACAGGGCCUUCUGCAGCAGAACUGGCGCUGAUCCGCGACAAAAAGGCCCUCAUGCGGCAGAAGCUGACCGAGGCAGGCUUUCAUCCGGACUUCCAUAAGCUCGUGGAUGCGGUGGAUGAGGAAGCACUCAUCACUACCCCGUGGAGAUACGCCAGAAGUGACACGCCAGUCGAUUGGAGACGAAGGCUUUUGGCGCAAGACGAAAACGGGCCAAACCGGGCGAUCGGAAACCCGCGAGUGUGGUUGAUAGGAGACGCGAUUCACCCGAUGCUGCCCUCGAGGGGCAUGGGAGCCAACAAUGCCAUUCAUGACACGGCGGACGCACUAGGACCACUCUUGGACCUCGCAAGGUUGAACGAGUUGCAUGGUGGCUUGACCGAUGAUCAGGUUUGUACCCAGUUAGCAAGAUUCGAGAAUGCCAUGAUCCCAAGAGCCUUCAGUUGGGUCAAGAAAAGCAACAGCCAGCAGUUACCGGACCUAGAUAGCUUGAAGGGGAGAGCAAUCAUCGUUGGGCUUCGCGUGGUACUAUUCGUGCUUGGUGGAUUCAUGAACUGCCUCAGGCUGUUUGGUUGGAGGCCAAAGGAUGACGCCCCGGAGCUUCCUUAG